AACUUAGCGCUUGGUGAGUUAUGACGUGUUUUCGGCUGUGCUCUUUUGAAGUAGAUUUUCCUGCAGGCUGUAGCUUGGACAUUUUUCUUUAGACCUCCAUUUUGCCUGUUCGGCCUUGCGUUAUUAUUCAGAUAUUUAAAGUGAUUCUGGCUUCCCAAAGAUUUGCCAGAUUAUUAAUCGUUACAAUUCGCGUGUAUUACGUGGUUUUCCUGUAGAUUUUGCGCCAAUCCACGCCAUUCGCAGAAUUUUAUUGGUCAUCGCAGAAAUUUUCGCCAUUCGUCGCCGUCGCCAUCUUUGAAAAGGCUUGGCUAGAGAAGAAAUACGUCGCACAUCGGUGAUCGGUCAUUCGCGUGGCAACAAAGUUACCGCAGAGAUUCUGGAAGCAGUUAUCUUCGUUAUUUCGGACAAUCAGUUAAUGAUUUUAAGUAAAUCAGUUUAUGCCUACCAAAAGAACAAUUAAAGAGGAUUUCGAUUUACAAUUGAAGCCGAAGAGCAAACAGUAUGGAAAAGCCAUAGCGGCAAAAAAGUCGAUAAAAAAGUGCACCUAGUUUAAGCUAAAGCCCAACACAAAACUUUAAACCGCAUCGGUCGAUAAAGUAGUUUGAGCUUUUGGUUUUCUGAUAUUGGUGCUAUUCAAAAUGCCUCGGAUUGACCCUUUAAAGUUGCUGGUAUGCCUCAGUGUACUAUUGGCUCCCAAUGGUGGCAUUCGCAGUGCCAAUGAAGUAAAACGUCUUGCAAAUUUGAUGGCGAAAUUCUCCAAAAAGCUUGUUUCCAAAUGCAUUUACAUACAAAUACUAAAAUGCACUGAAACUGAACUACUCGGGCAGUUCAUGGCCGCUGGUGGUUGGUCGUUGGUACACAUGUGGCUGGCCGAUGGUAUUACUACUAAAAAUUGGCCGCUGAUACAAGAACUGCUCGAACUACUGCUGUGCUGUCCGGUGGAUGUUGAACGACUAAAAAGUAAUACAGCUCCCAAGCUGGUUAAGUCCUUAUCCAAGGACAGCAGCCAUGAGGGAGUUCGUUUGCUGGCUUCCAAACUUGUCGAGCAGUGGCUUAAGAUAGCUCGGAGUGACAUCCGCUCCGGUUCAUUGGUACCAUCAUCAUCUGGAGCACAACAAACCGUACUAGCAGCUAACAAUGCAGAUACAAAAUCGAACACCUGCAGUGGCCUCGAUGGUACUGGCCGGGAGGAACAGGACUUAAUCGAAGAAGGACAUGAAAAUGAUGUUGAUGAAAGUGUUGUAGAAGAAGAAGAAAGUGAUGUUCCUAAUGCUGUUGCAAUCGAGACGAAGCAACUGCAGGGAAAGCUGAAUGGUGCAGUCGGAGAGGUUGAAACAGAUGAUUCAGAAGAGAAUGUAGAAGAAACUAAGAAAGCCUUCGAUUUGGCAGUUGCUGAGAGCAAUGCCAAGAAGGCACCAUUGCUGUUUAAAAUAACUAUGAAAAAUGGCAAGCAAGUAUUAGCAAAAAUCGAGUCUCCAACUAAGAAGGGUUCAUCAACCGCUGCAGAUGAAGAAGAUGACAAAGCUCAAUCCAAUGAAGAAAUGAAUGAGAACAGUGGAAAUGAAGGUGUAGGUGAAGAAGUAAAUUCUGAAGAAAAACCUCUGGGUUCGGAAGAAGUUGAUUCGGUAGAAACAGCAAAUAAAACAUUUGAAAGUAAGGUGAAAGACGAGAAAAAAGAGAAGAGCGAUUCUGAUAAAAAGGAUCGAAGGAAGAGUGAUGAGAAAGAACGCAAUAAAGACAAAGAUAGAAGUGUUUCAAAGGAUAAAGAUAAACAUAAGGAGAAGGAGAAGGAUCGAAAAUCCAGUAGCAGCAGUAGUAGUCACAAAUCGUCAUCUAAAUCAUCAUCGUCAAAGCAUAACAGUAGCACCAGUAGUAGCAGUGGUAAAACAAAAUCCAGCUCCAGCUCUAGUAGUAAAAGUUCCAGUAGUAGCUCAAGUUCGAAGGACAAGGACAAGGAUCGCCACAACAGUAGCAGUAGUAGUACAAGCAGCAACAACAAAAGCAAACACCAUCACAAAAGUUCAUCGUCGUCGUCGUCAUCUAAGUCCUCCAGCAGCUCCAAGAAUGGUAGCUCGAGUGAAAAGCAUCGUGAACACAAAGAGAAAAGCAGCCAUUCAAGCAAAGAUAAAGAAACUACACCGAAGGCAUCUUCGCCUUCCUCAGCGAAAUUGCCCAAAAUACCCAAAAAGCCUCGAGAAGAUGAUGCUGAGAAGGGUGAUUCGUCAUCGAACAAAUUAUCGCCAGUUAGCAGUAAAAAAGCAUCGAUUUCGAUCGAAGUACGGAAUGCCGAAAAUCGUCCGAAAACAGUGAAAACAUACAACUCUAAAUUUCGUUCCCACGGUCUGAUUGAGGAAGCUCCACCGCCACCAUCGCGGAAGGGACUUAAAAAACCAGCAUCAACUUCCAGCCCAUCAACAGUAAUUGGAUCUACGGCUACGGGAACUAUCACUCAUAAACGGUCUUCACCGCCUCCCACUUCCAAGGAUGUCCCUCCCGAGAAGAAAGCUCGUGAAGAUCCCGUAGAGCGGCCAGGAGCUAUUAAGCUUAUUCCUCCAAAACGACAGCACUCGCUCGUGGAGUCGGACAUGUUCAUGGAUGCCCUGUCUGCAACGCUUAAGAAGGACGUAAAGAAAAGAAAACGAAAGCUCAGCGGGUCUGACAGCACCAAGAACGCCUCCUCCACCGACAAGCAGCAUGCUGCUUCUACGGCAACAACCACCGAAAAGACCAGUUCUGCCAGCACCCCUGAGAAGAGCGUUUCUACCGCAACACCACCAGCCAGUCCGACGGAGAAGCAAACUCCAUCCGCCAAACCCGCAGCCGCCGAGGGAGCUGCGCCGGAUGCUGCUGCCAGCACGACGGACCCUACGUCACCCGCCAAGGUUGUAGCAGCGCCGAUGUCGUUCUAUCGUGAUACGCUUGCUGAUUCUGAAGAAAAUACCGAUGAAAAGAAAGAAUCAAUAGUCGACGGUGAUCAAAAACCGUCCGAAGCUUCAAGCCUAGAAGCUGACGUUAAGACAGAAGAAACAACCACUACAUCCACUGAGCAGGAGGAGGACGAAGAAGAUCCGAUCAAGAAACCAAAACGACUAAAAUCGGAGUUGAACAAUGACGAUGAAGACGCUGAUGAUAAGCUAAUUAAUGCGGUUGACCAUGACCUGGAGAAGAAGAUGGCUCAAGCCGAAGAAACGCAUUUAGAAGCCCAGGAAACUAAAAAACCACCGGGUCCAGGUUGUGGUCCGGAUGGGCCACCUGGAGUACUGGUAAUCCAUCGCCGUAAAGGGCCCAAGAAGCAGCUUAAAUGGAAAGUGCAGGAAGAGCUGGAAGAAAUUCGUUACUUCGAGUUGGAUGUUACUGAGCGGUGCAACGUGACGAAGACCUUCACUGAUCUGAAACAUUUAGAGCGAGUGGAUGAACGCGAGAAAUAUAUGCUGGCUCGAAAAAUACAUUCAGACGACGUCAUGAUUGAACGAACACCUUGGCUUCCCUUGAUAACAGUUGAUAACGUUCCCCCCCAUCCGGAUGGCGUCAACAGUCAAGAGCGACGCAUCCAACGGGAUCGCGAAAGAAAUGUUCUUCAAGCUUUGUAUUUCAAUCGUCAUAUGAUCCCUGAUUCGCCUGCUGAGCCUGACGUGGAAGUGUACUCAGUUUCCACCCCAGCGCAUAUUCCAUUGGAAGAUGUGACUGGUAAUCCCGAUUCUGUAAACGACUUCACCACAAUGCCUUGGCCUGAACCCAAGUCGACUCCGCCUCACGAGUCGGCUGGUUUCAAUUCACCCUUUUUCCCUGGCACAAACAACGAUUUUCCACAAUUUGGUGCACCAAAUAAUUGGGACAUUCCAGGAGCUAACCCGAGUUCCAUGCCCGGAAUGCUUCCACCUGGUAGAAUGCCAGCUGGAAUUGGACCAAUGUCUAUUGGCAGCCCGAACAGCAAUCAAAUGGGCAGCCCCAACAUGAUGCGACCAAUGAAUGGGCCGCCCAAUAUGCCACCGAACGUGCCACCCAACAUGCCACCAGCUGGUCUUCCACAUCCCAAUAUGUUCCAGAACAAUCCCAAUAUGUUCCCAAUCAGAGGACCACCGCCCAUGCAGCACAUGAGCGACAUGGAUGACGAUAAUUUCCGGAAUGGACCCCCUCCUCCCCCAGCAUGGUUUAACAAUGGAAAUAAUAAUCGUGGACCACCAGGAAAUUUCCACAACAAUCCAAACCGUGGUGGCGGCUUCGGUGGUGGUCGACCCAACCAAGGCAACUGGAUGAACAAUAAUCGGGACCAUGAUCGAGGAGGGCCCCGAAAUAGCAACUACCGGCCACCAUGGUUGCAAAACCGUGGUAAUCACAAUAACCACCGCGGAGGUGGAAGAAAGUGGUAGGGCAGCUUUACCACGAAGGUUGUAUUCUUAAUUUGUACAGUGUGACACGGCUGAGCCUGGUGAUAAUAGUGAAGUAAAAACCUUAUUCAGCUUGUUAUAGAGCAGUAGAACAUAUGAGCGCUUAGUACAUAAGUCAAGUCAACCGAGUUGCUUUGGUUUUCUGUUUACAGAUAGUGAGUACCGCAUAAGAAAAACAGCAUUUUCUAUGUGUUUACGAGUAAGACUAAAAGAGCUGCAGGACCUAGACGGUACAAAUUAGCCAUCUAAAUUUUAUUAUUUCCAGUUUCUAGUUUUAGUUCUCCCCUAAGUCAUGAGUUUGAAGCUUAAGUAAGAGCCCUCGUGUAAAUAGCCUGGAACAAUGAUUUUGUUCUACCUUAUUUGUUCAAUAAAAAUCAUUGACGUUUUCUA